UAAUUAAUUCUCCGUUGCUGUUGCACCUCCUUUAAAACUAACAACCAGAUAACUAUAAAACGCUACAAGACACCCAUUAAUUACAGUGUUUUCUACCCCCGAAAUGAAACCAAACAGAAAUAUGACCUCGAUGGCGACUACACCUGCCUGACAGAAGUCGAGGUUAGGCACCUAAAGUCUGGACCUCUUCUGAUAAUCAAUUUUUUCACGAAAAACCCCCUUUGGGCCCCAAAAUAAAAACGUCUUUAACUGAUAAUCCGAUGUCUAAAUGCCCGGCCGCACUCCGGCCCCGAAAUUACCUUAAAAUACGAUGCUGAUCUCGUAUAAAAUGCGAUCCUAACUGAGCUGCUUUGACCUCUUGUUUAUUUGUUGUUAUUUCCACUCAGUUUGGAUUUUUUAGAUAUGAAUGGGAUGGACCAUAGGUCACAUAAUGUUCCUGUACAAGGCAAGCCGAAGAACUACAAGCUUCUUGUUGACCCCUGCUUGGUAAAAGGGGCUUCUAAACUUUAUAGAUACGACGGGGUCGUCCCUAAUGAUAGUUCCUACCCUUCAGUGUCUUUAAGGGAUCCCAGGUCACACUUGACUCGAAUAUGGACACGGCUGGAAUCUUUGGAUCUUCCAGUGCCUCGUUUCAAAAUAGACCAAAACUACGUGGGAGAACCCCCUUCCAUAGAAGUAACCAUUUUCCACUUAAACGAUAACAUUGACAAGCAAUUUUUGAAAGAUAUUGUACAAAAAUUUGGGGUGAUCGAGGAACUUUUUAUCUACUACCACCCUGUAACGAAUAAACAUCUUGGCAUAGGACGGGUGGUCUACGAGGAAGUAAAAUCGGCGAAACAAUGCGUGGAAAAGCUAAACAGCACCAGCGUUAUGGGGAAAAUCCUGGACGUUUUCCUGGACCCUUUCGGGGAAAAAUGCAAGGCAAAGUUUCAGGAGCUCACCAGCGAGAAGAAACCACCGCCAGUGGUGGAGGAACCCAAGAAGGAAACGGUAACGGAAAAACCGAAAGAGGUGGAGGAUGAGAGGCCUUACGACCCCGGAGAUGUCGAUUUUGUGGACAAGAGAUUGUACUACAACAAGUCCAAGGACAAGGAUCACAUUAAGCACCGUAAAUCUAGUGAGUCUUUAAAGGACGAGUACGAUUAUCCCCGUGGGGGAUCGAAGAAGGACAGAGAUAAGGGCCGGGAUCGAUACGACAGGGAUAGAGAUAGGUAUGACCGGGACAGCAGGGACAGAUACAGUUCGUCGUCCAGGAACUAUCGGGAUUAUCCCGCCCCAGGCAGCACCGAUAUGGGGUACGGCACCACCCCCAGUGACUUUUCCACCACCAGCGGCUACGCAUCGACUACCAGCACUACACCCAUGACGUACGAUUAUCACGGUAUGCAGGCGCCGCCCCCAGUACCUCCGCCGGGGGCAUUUCCGUCGUACGCCGCCCCCCCGGGGGCCUAUUUGGCACCGCCCCUGCCGCCCCUCGGGGCCGCCCCCACUUGGACCACGAUGGCGCCUCAAUGGCCACAGGUGGCGGCGGGUGACCAAUGGGACGGCGGCCACGUGGCCACCUCCUCGUCCUCGAAGUGGUCGGGAAGCGAGAGUGGUGGGAGUAGCAGCAGAAAAGAGAGGGACAAAGAUAGAAACCGGGACAGAGACAAGGACAGAAAGAGCAAACAUCACAGGAGCAAACGAGAGAGGGACCGAGAAAGAGAGACGAAAAAAGAAAAAGAAAAGGUGGAAGAAGACAAACCGUUGGACCUGGACACCAGAAUCGCGCUCCUGCUAAAGGAAAAAUGCACGGGGGGUAUGGCGCCCCCGUUCCUCGCCCUCGGCGUCGAUUCCGACGAGGACGGCAAAUUUAACAAAGACGAGAAAGACAAAGAGAAAGAGAUGCCGAUCGUGCCGCCAGUGCCGAAGGAGCUGCUAAAGUUGCCCAAGUCUUUGCCCCUUCCGGUGACUAUCGAGAGCGAUGACGAUCGUUCCAGUGUUUCGUUAAGCGAUAUGGCGAUAAACCCGAUGGCACCCGCCCCGGCCAAUGAUAAUAAGGAGGAGGAGGUGGAAGAGACCAAGAUGCCAUUGUCCACACCUCCCUCACCAUUUUUAUCCAAGGAGAUUUAUUUGGAGUGUCAUAGAUUGGCAGUGGAACAGGCCUUACUGGUGCGACAAAAGGAAGCCCUGGAAACGAGCGCUCUCCUGAAAAAGGUCCAGGAAAUGAACAAACUGGGCAGCGACAUCUCGUCGAGCGAGGACGAACUGUUGACCGGGGAGAAGAACUACAGCCCGAUCGACCGUAGGGACUUGAAGAACGAGUUCAAGUUCGACAAGGACGACGACAGGAUGAGCAUGUCGAGCUUGAGCAGCACGGAGGACGCGAGGAUCGAGGAGGCGAAACCGGAUUCUCAACCGCCGCCUCCCCCGUUGCCCACUCCGGCCGGAUAUCCGGCUCCCUUGCCCGGGAUUUAUCCUGGUUAUCAGGCUUAUCACGCAGCAAACUACCCGGGCCAACCGCCGACCGGCUACGGCUACCCGCCGCCCCACGGUCCUCCCCACCUCGCCUACACCCCCACCGAUUGGCCCCCGACCGCCGCCUUCUCCCCUUACGGCCCCUCGCCUCACCCUCCGCCGCCCUCCUCCUACCCUUAUCCCACCACGCCCUAUUAUCCGCCCUUACAUCCGGCCGUGGCCGCCCAAGCCCCCUACGGUUUUCCCUAUCAGCCGGUGCAGGGGGGCGCCAUCAUGUCCGGCAGCGCCACCUACGGGGGCGCUAACGCCCCCCAUCCAGCGUACGACGACAAGAACCCGCACGCCCCCACCAUCAAUGCCGUCAUCGAUCAGGUCACUAUGGAACUGAAGAGUAUCUUAAAGAGGGAUUUCAAUAAGAAAAUGGUGGAAAUGAUCGCUUAUAAGCGGUUCGAGAGUUGGUGGGAGGAGGAGCGGUUCAAGUUUAGCCGACCGAAGGGUAAAGAGGAACCGACGGCUGGUGGCGGUACAGUCGCCCAGCAGACUAAGGAUAACGUGAACGCCCUUUUGGAGCAAAGUAGCGACAUCUAUAAUAAUUUCGACAAUGCUGGUGGUUUAGGCUUGCGCGCCUCCCUCCCGAAAAUGCCCAGUUUCCGACGUAAGAAAAUCCCCUCCCCGGUACCGGUGGAAGAUGAGGAGUCCAAGGACCUGUCGGAUCAGGAGGAAAUCGUGCGACGAGAUGAAGAGGAGGAGGUGGUGGUGGAGGAGGGCGAGGCGAGGCCGACCCCGGAGGGCGACCUCACGCGCUCCCGGAGGACCCGAAAAGUUUCCUCGAGCAGCUCCAGUUCCUCCAGUAGCGGCUUCAGUUCGGACGAUGAGGAGGAGGAGGAGGAGGAGAGCAGCUCCAGUGCGGAGAGCGACAGUUCCGACGAGGAAUCCGACAGGGAGGUGAAACAGAUUAAUAGAAGUGACGAAAGUAAACCGAAAAAGAAAGCGGAAGCGUUAGAGGACUCAAACAGCAUUCCCACUUUUGAACCAUUGGACGAUGGAAUUAUUGAGAGGAAUAAAACUCCCACUCCCAUGCAGAUUGACUCGACCGACUCCCAAGACGGUUUCGGCGCCCUCUCAGACCCGCAACCGUUAAAAGAGGAGGAGAAGAAGAAGAAGAACGACUACCGCAGCAUCUACGACAGCGACAAUAGCGACGCGGACAGCGACGAUCUCGAGCGGAUAUUGUUGGAGCGCAGGCGCAAAAACGACGAAUGGAUGGAACAGAUCGAGAAGGAGCGGGAGGAACGGGAGUCGGCGGACGUGGAACGUCGCAAACGGAUAGAGGAGGAGGAACGGGUCAAGAGGGAGGCGGAGGAGCGACGACGGGAGGAGGAGCGUCGCGCCAAAGAGGAGAAGGAACGGGCGCGCGAAGAGAAACGCGCCAAAGAGAGACAGCGAAGGGAGACGGAGAAGAAGCGGAAAGAGGAGGAGAGACGGGAGAAGCAAAGACUGAAAGAGGAGGAAAAAAUGAUGAAGGUGAAGCGGAAGAUGCGGGAGGUGGAGGUGGAGGAGGAGGAGGCGAGGGUGCCGGAACCUCCGCGGUUCGAUGAGGAUGACGAAGAAACCAAAAGUGCCACAGAAGAAGGGAUCGAAGAUAAAACCCUGGAGGAGCUGGAGGCGGAAAGGGACGCCUUGCUGGAACAGGUGCGCCAUCCAGAAAAAACCGAUGUGGCCGGAAAGAUAUCUGGCCAUAAAAAGGAACUUAAUGGUGCCGUGGAGUUUAAGCGAAGAUUCUCCAGCGAGUCGGGCCAGAGUAGUCCUUCUAGCCAGGUAAAUGUGGCUAUCGAACACUCCUAUUGUCUCACUCAAGAAGAGAAAGAAAACGAGAACCGUCUGCAAUCGGACGUUUCCUCGAUCCUGGCCCACGAUCACGGUUACACCAACAAAGAGGCGCCGCCGCCUCCGCCGUUGCCGCCCCUGCAACAACAACCGCCCCCCGAGCAGCAGAAGGCGGUUCCCGAUCCCGUUGCACCGCCUCCCGCUCCCGUAUCAUCCCCUGUCAAACCCAAAAAGGAAAAGCCACCCAAACAACCAAAACCUAAGAAACCAAAGAAGCUACAAGAGUUGCAGAAUAAUUAUCAGAAUGUGGUUCGGAAGUAUGAUGGGGGCACGGACUAUAAUCCGCAUCAGCAUAUUUUGCACAAGCAUCGGGAUCAGAUGUCCGAGUUUGGGGUUUUGUAUGAAUUUCUUACGAAAGGAAUCGACCGAGAAGACACCGAAUUCAUCAAAAGGUCGUACGAAGAACUGUUAUCGGACGACGCGAUGGGUUACUGGCUGAACGACACCCAUUGGGUGGACCAUUGCGUGACCGACUUAUACUCGAGUCCUCCAACUAAAAAACGGAAACGAGACGAGAGGGUUCACGCUACGGGAUCGGCCAGAACGGAGGGUUACUACAAAAUGACCGCACACGAAAAAUCCAGAUACAAAUACCAUCACGCGAAGGCACACGCCAUCCAGAUGGCCGCGGCCGCACCGGCCAACAAACAAGGAUUAUCGAGGGAGGCCAGAUCAAACCAGAGGCGCCUCCUGACGGCAUUCGGGGGCGACACCGAUUCCGAUCUACUCAAAUUCAACCAAUUGAAGUUCAGGAAGAAACAGUUGAAGUUUGCCAAGUCGGCCAUUCACGACUGGGGACUGUUUGCCAUGGAACCGAUCGCAGCCGAUGAAAUGGUUAUCGAGUAUGUGGGUCAAAUGGUGCGGCACAGCGUUGCCGAUCUUAGGGAGCAGAAGUACGAGGCGACCGGUAUAGGAAGCUCCUACUUGUUCAGAAUCGACUUGGAGAAUAUUAUCGAUGCUACGAAAUGUGGCAACUUGGCCAGGUUUAUUAAUCAUAGCUGUAAUCCAAAUUGUUACGCCAAAGUGAUCAGCAUAGAGUCUCGUAAGAAGAUUGUGAUAUACUCGAAACAGCCGAUCGGGGUGAACGAGGAAAUAACGUACGACUACAAAUUCCCCAUAGAAGAGAAUAAAAUCACCUGUUUAUGCGGAGCAACAACCUGCAGGGGCACGUUGAAUUAAUACCAACCCCGUGUGAUACCAGCUAUCAAUAAAAAUCUACCGAUACAUUAUAGUUUCCCAAUUGUAUGUGUACAUAAAACAGUUUAUCUAAUUUUUUGACCCUUGAAUGAUGUGUAUAGUGAGUUGUAAUUAAUUUAUUAGCUUAGGUCGGUAUUUUUCAAGGAUUGUGUAAAGCUGCCUCUCGGCUAAGUAUCUAUUUUUAAAUUAUGUUUUUUUUGUAAGUGUACAUAGCGGCUGUAAAUGUGAAUAUACACAGAAUUUUGUUAAAA